GGAAAUUUCUUGUCGAGGCAAUACCCAUCAUCCACCAUGAAGUUAACAAAUCCUGGGACAGUUCCUGUAUACACUGUCGCGGGGCCAUCCACGGCCAGGCCGCUGCCAGAUUGGCUUGCGCGCCGUAGGAAGAGAUCGUCCAAGUACGACCCCGAGAACCUCAACAAUUUCGAGUUGCUCCAAGAAUUCGAGUUUGAAGAAGGCAACAACUGCGUCCGAAUCAGCGAAGAUGGCAACUGGAUCAUGAGCACAGGGACAUACAAGCCCCAGUUUCAUGUUCAUUCAACGCAAGAGUUGUCCCUGUCUUUCUCCCGCCAUACGAAAUCCGAGAACACGACGUUCCUCUUCCUCGGUUCCGACUACACCAAGAGUUUACACUUGCAGAGCGACAGGUCGCUGGAGUUCCACACACCAAUGGGAUGUCACUAUGAAGUGAGACUCCCGCGGUUUGGCCGUGAUCUUGCAUAUCUGCGCCAGAGUACCGAAGUGCUCAUCCCUUCGGUCGGGCUGGGUGCAGAUGGAUCCGGUUUUGGCGAGGUCUUCCGCUUGGAUUUGGAAAGAGGCCAGUUUCUUCGCCCCUGGCAGAUCGACGUCGGCAAAGACGCAGAUGCGAGCGGAUUGCAGGGGAGCAUACACGUCGGCUCUGUCAACGUGGCAGCGGUCGCGGAGAAGACACACGGUCUCUGCGCGUUCGGUACAUCGAUCAGCACAGUCGAAUUUUACGACCCGCGGAGCAAAGGGAGAGUAGCGGUCCUCGGAGGUCACGACGGCGAGGUCACCGCGUUGGACUACAGCGAUGACGGCUUGUCGCUUGCUCUGGGUACGAGCACCGGUCAAAUUCGCGUGUUCGACCUGAGAAACCCGCGUCCUCUCAUGAAGAAGGACCAGGGGAUGGGACUUCCGAUCAAGAAUCUAAUCCACUUAAAGACGCCGACUGACGAGCGUAAGCUUCUUUCGGCCGACAAGCGGAUCAUCAAAAUCUGGGACGAACAUACGGGGGAUCUUUGGACAUCGGUUGAGCCGUUGGUUGAUCUAAAUCACGUUACUCAUAUUCCAGAUUCAGGCAUGAUCUUGACUGCGAAUGAGGGAAAGCACAUGCACUGCUUCUUCAUCCCGAACCUGGGACUGGCCCCGAAGUGGUGCCACUUCCUGGACAACUUAGUUCAUGAAAUGGAGACCGAGACGCAGACCGAGACAUACGACAACUACAAAUUCCUCACAAAACCAGAGCUAAAAUCUCUCAGCCUGGACCAUCUCAUUGGGAAAACCAACUUGCUCCGGCCGUACAUGCACGGUUACUUUGUUGCUGCUAAGCUGCACGAUCAGGCCCGCCUCAUCGCCAACCCAUACAUCUGGGAAGAGGAGCGGGCGAAGAGAGUCCGGGAGAAGGUUGAGAAGGAGCGCUCCAGCCGCAUCAGAGGUGUUAAGAAGGUCAAAGUCAACCAGAAGUUGGCGGACAAGAUCCUGCAGCGGCAAGAGAGGAGAGCCAAGGUGGACGUUGAAGCUGGCGUCCUCGGCGAUGCUCGCUUCGGCAAGAUCUUCGAGGAUGAGGAAUUCAAGGUCGACGAAACCAGCUAUGAGUUCCGAGCGCUCAACCCCAGCACUAGAGUGGAGGGGGCCGCGGAGCAGGAUGUGCGUUUCGCCGCCAAUUCGAGCGACGACGAGAGCGACGACGAGAGCGACGACGAGAGCGACGACGAGUCCGAACCCGAAACCAGGAAGCCCAAGGACGACGUGGUCAUGCAAGUAUCCUCUUCGACGACGAAGGGCGGCAAGAUUAGAGACACGGCGAUUGGCUCCAGGGCUCAAAAACAAACACGCACCGCAAAGAUCCGGACGAACGAGGUUGUUGGUGAACAACAAGUCACAUUUGUACCAGAAUCCAAGAAGAAGAGCAAGCCACAACCAGCGCCGGCACCGAGCAGCCGACAAGACAGCAGGAGGAGCGCAAGCACCAACACCUUCCGCCGGUUAUAGACGCCUCUUCCACUCCAGUCCAGACCCUAUAUUAUACAAGCAAAAUUGUGGUAUCCUGGGGUUCAUUCCCUUUGUACAUCAACAUCACAGCCAUGAAUCCAGCGUCCCUCGUCGCUAUUUGUCCCUUCUAAUCACCGCGCCGCCAACUCUCCAACCCCUGUGCAGCAACCCACGGCCCCCAAUGUUUCGUUUUAGCAUCUCACUUGCGGCUGAAGUUUGCGCGCUUCUUCUUGGGCUUAUCAAGCCCCUUCUCCAAAUCCAAAUACUCGGGCUUGAUCCUCGGCGUUGGUGGUACGUCGUCCAUUCUGCUCCGGCCUUCCUUGACGGACUUGGGGAACUCGGAUCGCCGCGGCGUCAGAACGGUGACCACCUUCCUUGCCGACCUCCUGAUCGUUUCUCGGACUGUCCACUCGCGUUUCUUGGCGACGAAGAAGAGGACUGAACUGGCGACUGU